AUGAAAUAUCUUACAACAGUAAGACUGAUUAGAGCAGUUUAAUGUCUUCCGUGGCAAUUCGAUUGUCAUCUCGGGAUUCCGCGAUGCAUUUCGCAUUUCAAGGUUAACGAUGGUGCAAUCGAUUGCAUUUCUGGAUUCGAUGAAGGUUGUCCUCCGCAUAAUUUCGUUUGCGGUGAUAAGAGUGCAUGCAUCGAUUUUUCCAAAUAUCAAGAUGGUAUAGCGCAUUGCAAGGAUAAAUCGGAUGAACCAUGUCAAGCUGGUGAUUUUUUAUGCAACGAUCGUUCGCAAUGUGUUGAAGGAAAUCGUUUUCAAGAUGGUAUCGCCGAUUGCAAGGAUGGCUCAGAUGAAGAAUGUACAGUUACCCAAUUUGAAUGUAGUUGUGGUGAAAUUCGAUGUGUUGAUGGUGAAAGGCUAAAAGAUGGUAAAAAGGAUUGCGAGGAUGGUUCUGAUGAAAUCGGUCCAUCUAUGAAAAAAUUUUGUCAAGAUGGAAGCCCAGUAAGACAAAGUCGAGCCAAGAAUCGUACCGUACCAUAUCCAACUUAUAGCGCAAUUGCCCAAUGCCCUGAUCCAUCGGUUUGUAAUGAUCAGCUGGGAGAAAUAUGCAUUGUGGUUGGUGGAUCAACACAUUGUGUUUGUAAGAAAGGAACGAUUAGACCGCAAGGUUCACCACGAUGUGUACUGGAACCUCUGCUUCAACAAUACCUCAAUAAUAUCAUUGGUAAUUGUACCGAGAUUCAGAAAGAUCUAAUUGAAGUUUAUGGUGAAAAAGUAAGCUUAUCACGUGAUCCACCACGUUUUACCUAUGCUCGUAAAGAAACGGAAUGUGAUCCAAAUUCAAAAACUCCUUGCAAAGGUUAUGGUGAAGAAUGUUUGCCAGAUUCAUCUGGUCGUCAUCGUUGUACAUGUGGAAAUAAUGGUACUCGUAUGGAUGGCAUUUGUUUGGUAAAUGAAUGCAUUAGCUCAGAGUUAAAUGAUUGUGAUCCAAAUGCAUCGUGCAUGGAUAGCGUAUUAUCAUAUGAAUGUUUUUGCAAUGAAGGCUUUAUUGAUACUUCAAUUUCACCAAAAACACGACCCGGCAUUAAAUGCGCAAAAUUGGUGGAUGAAUGUGUAUCGCAAACAACGAAUCAGUGUGAUACAAAUGCAGAAUGUAUUGAUAAGCCAAUCGGUUAUACAUGUCGUUGUCGUAGCGGUUAUGUGGAUAUUUCGGAAGGUGGCGCAAGAAAUCCAGGGCGAAAAUGUCAUAAAUUAAUGGACGAAUGUCAAAUAGGUUCAGCUGAUUGUGAUCCAAAGGCAAAUUGCAUUGAUAUGACACAUGGUUAUACAUGCAAAUGUCCACAUGGUUUUGCAGACAAAUCACCGGAUCCGAUUAAUAAGCCUGGUCGAAUUUGUUCUAAAUUGAUUAAUUCAUGUGAUUCACCGAACUUUACGGGAUGUCAAUCGAAAGAAUCGAAAUGUAUUGGUACUAAGGAUGGUUUCGUAUGUCGUUGUAUCGAUGGUUAUAUCGAUUUGAAUCCUUCAAAUCCCGGGACAAAUUGCUCCAAAGCAGUGCUCAACAUAGGGCAAUCUAUCGGUAUCUUUGAUCGAGAUAGACGGGGGAAAGAAUAG